AUGAUUGUGCCUCAUUGGAAGUGUACGAGUAACGACUUUCUCUCCAGUUUAUUCGGCGAGCCGACCAGCUGCUCUUAUAACGAUAGUUACGGUGACGUUCUUGAGCUGAUCUCCGCCGAAGACCUUGCUCGAAGCUUUUGUUGCUGA